AUGAGCACUAAUACUAACGUUAAUAAUAUUCUUAUUCCUAAAAAAGGAAAUACUUUUUCUACUUUUGGGGAAGCUCAUGCAUUUGUAAAAAAUUAUGCAGCACAAACCAAUAUUGUUACAAUUUUGGGAAAGACAACCAGAAAUUCAGAAGGUAAUGGUUAUAGACAGGCAUUUUUCAUUUGCGAGAAACAGGGAGCUAUAAUGGAAAAAACGAUGCAUAUGCUACUAAGCGAACAGCAUAAUCAUGUUAUUUAUCCUGAUGCUAAAAAAUUUAGUAUCAAUAUGCCAUCUGUGAGCUCGAAGUAUGUACAUAAACGUGAUGUUUAUAAUGCUGUUGGUCGUCAACGUCAGCAAAAAUUGCAAGAGCUAAAUGAAAUUGAGAUGCUGCUUAGAACUUUAGAAAAUGAUGAAAACAUUAUUGCAAGUAUUGCUACUAAACCUGCGUAUAAUGAUGAGCAUAAUCAAGAUGGAUCAUUUAUCCAAGCAAUCUUCUGGGCUCAUCAAAAUGUAUUUUCCGAGUUUGCAGUAGCAAAAGCAGGUGUUGCUUGCUGUGAGACGCCAAGUAGGCAUAUUAUUUAA